GGAACUAAGGACCUAGAGGAAAGCCUUGCAGAUCUACAACUGGAGGAUGAAGAUGAGAAGGAAACACAGAAAUCUGAGACCUUUGAGACAAUUCAUGUCCUUGACAGUGGCCUAUUGCUUUCCAAAGGGAUGUACAACCACUUGUAUGAAUACCAGAAACAAGGCUUAGCUUUCCUUUACAGUCUACAUCAAUCUGAGAAAAAGGGAGGGAUCUUGGCAGACGACAUGGGCUUGGGAAAAACAGUCCAGAUUGUAACAUUUCUUUCCGGGAUGCUAGAAAUGGACCUGAUCAAAUCUGUGCUACUGGUAAUGCCCUGCAGCUUAUUAGGGAACUGGAUUACGGAGUUUAAAACGUGGACACCGAGCAUCCGUUUCAAAGUGUUUCAUCAUAGUGAGAGAAAUCCAGAUAAGAACUUGAAGGAUGUCCAAACAAUCGGAGAUGUGCUCAUCACUUCAUAUGGAACGCUAGCUCAAAACUGGCAGAAAUUUUCAAAACAUGAUGAGACAGCGUUCACCUGGGAUAUGGUAAUAUUUGACGAGGCCCACAAGAUUAAAACACCAUCUACCAAAAGUUUUAAAGCUGCAUGUUUAAUUCCAGCACACACCCGAAUCCUUCUCACUGGAACACCUGUCCAGAACAACCUCAAGGAGAUGUGGGCACUGUUCAAUGUAGCCUGCCAGGAAACCCUCCUAGGAACAUAUAGGACUUUUAAAAAAUUAUAUGAAGACCCAAUAUCGAAAGCAAGAGAGAAAAAUGCCAGCCCACAUAUGAAAUCUCUGGGGCUCAAGAUGUCUGAAAGUCUAACGGAAAUGAUAACACCAUACUACUUGAGGAGGACAAAGGAAGAAGUUCAGAAAAACAGGCACGAUUCAGACCACAGGAAUGAACGUCAUCCAGAGAAUAAGGAGAACCAUGACCCCAAGGUUGCUGUUGAGAUGCCACUGUUUACCAGAAAGAACGAUUUUGUUAUAUGGCUUCACCUUAGCCCAUUACAAGAAAUUCUGUAUGAAAAAGUAAUUUAUUCGGAUAAAGUCAAAGAAUGUCUUGAAAAAUCCCGCUCUCCCUUGAGUGACCUGAAUACCUUGAAGAAGAUUUGUGAUCACCCCAGACUGCUGUCUGCCCAAGCUUACAGGGAGUUAUUCCACCUGGACAAAAGUGGAAUUGACUGCUGGUAUGGUGAUGAGGAUAUGUGGGGUGCUGAUGUGAGCCAGCAGUCAAGUGAAACUCUAAUUCAGCAAUCUGGCAAGUUGCCGUUCCUCAUCUCCUUACUGGAAAAGCUUCGGGAAGAGGGCAAUCGCACACUUGUGUUCUCUCAGUCUAGAAAAAUGUUGGACAUCAUUGAGAACAUUUUGGAUGAUCGAGGGUUUAAGGUGAUGCGUGUGGAUGGGACUGUCAGUCAUUUAGCACAGCGUGAGAGACGAAUCACAAAGUUUAAAAAAAAUAGAGACUACUCAGUCUUUCUGCUUACUACUCAAGUGGGUGGCCUCGGGCUCAACCUGACGGCUGCUAAUAGGGUUGUCAUCUUUGACCCAUGCUGGAAUCCAGCUACAGAUGACCAAGCUGUGGAUAGAGUGUACAGGAUUGGGCAGAAGAAGGCUGUGGUGAUCUACAGGCUCAUUACAUGUGGGACAGUGGAAGAGAAAAUAUACCGAAGGCAAGUCUUUAAGAAUUCACUGAUCAGACAGGCAACUGGGGAUGAGAAAAACCCAGUUCGGUAUUUCAACAAUCAAGAAUUGAAAGAGCUAUUUAUAUUAGAGGACACACAGUCUUCUUCAACACAGAUUCAAUUGCAGAAAAUGCAUGCAGCUCAAAGACAGACGGAUAAAGAACUGGACACCCAUAUAGCCUACCUGCACUCACUGAAGAUUUGGGGGAUUUCAGACCACAACCUCCUGUUCUCAGAGGCACAGGAAGAUGAAAAUGAAACUGAAGCAGCUCAGAAUGACAUUCGUCUCAAAGUUGAAAAAGCCCAAGGAAUGAUAGAAGCAGAAUCCCAGGAGGUUCGACACCACGGUAUACAUGAAGCAGACAUGAAACUUUCAAAGCCUCAGAAGAAAUCCUCUAAAAACACCUGGGAUGAAAGAGGCACAGGUAUGUCUUUCCCUGAAGUUCUUGGCCUAAGCAAAAGAAACUCUGAAAUGGAUGAUGACUCAUACAAUGCCAGUGAUGAAAAUUCUCAUCUCAUGGAAGAAGCAGAAGGAGAAUGUUUAGAAGGUGUUGCAUUACAAAAUAAUUCAAAUGCAUUACCUGAGAAAGAAGCCACUAAACCCACCUGGAAUGAAAGAGACACAGGUAUGUCUUCCCCUGAUGUUCUUGACCUAAGCCAAGGAAGCUCUGAAAUGGAAGAUGACUCAUACAAUGCCAGUGAAGAAAAUUCUCAUCUCACGGAAGAAGCAGAUGGAGAAUGUUUACAAGGUGUUGCAUUACCCGAGAAAGAAGCCACUAAACCCACCUGGAGUGAAAGAGACACAGGUAUGUCUUCAAUCAAAGUCCCAGACCAAAGACAAGAAAGCUUUGGAAUGGAAAAUGGCUCGUACAAUGCAAGUGACAAAAGUUCCCUUCUCAGGGGCGGGUCAGAGCGUGAGUGGCACAGUGUGGGAUCAGCUUCAAAUGGGACCCCUAACAAUAUCAGUCAAUCUUUAGAAAUGAAUACAGCAUCCUAUAAUCCAGGGAUAUUAAACUCUGUCUUUUGUGAUGGAAAUGAGGCUGCAGUUACUUCAUUUAAUGAAAACACAUUGUCCAGAGAUACAGUCACAUCUGUUGCAACUGAUGUGAAUAAUGGAAAGCACAAAGGAAUGAAUUAUGUUAUGGAAGUAUUCGAAGACCCAACAGAGAGGGAUUCUUUGGCCAUACCAAUUCUCUGCAACUACUCACUGACUCCAGAUAGUAAAUCAAUCUACGCGGAGAGUUUUUCUCAUAGCAAGAUCGGAUCUCCUGAUAUUGUGACAUCCACUCCUGGUCCAUUUACUAAAAACAAAAUGUUUAGAGAUCAUUUGGCCCGAACCAGUGUCUAUAUUGGAAACAUGGAAGGAAUCAAGGGCAUUUUUACAAAUUGGGAAGAUACAAAAGAGAAGGGAUGCUUAUCACCCACACUAUGUGAUUAUUCACGAACUGAUUCUUCAGCUUUCGUAUUUGAACCAAAUGCAAUAGGUUCUACACCACAAACAUUUUUAGACAGAUUAAGUGGGUUCCACGUUCCCAGUGAGAGUGACUGGGAUGAAAAUGAAAUCUUCAUCUCAGCUGCUAACUCUCCAGCCACUCGAACAGUUCUUCUCGGCGGCUUUCAACUGAUUUUGGAUGACAGUCAAGAAGAUCCACAAGACAGUGUAAUGGGAAAACAAAAGGAGUCUCUGCAACAUGUACUGGAUAUCUCAAAAGGAUUACAGGAAGCUCAGAAUGGCACUUGUCUCAAAGUUGAAAAACCCCAAGAGAUGACAGAAACAGAAUCCCAGGUGAUUCGACAUAAUGGCAUACAUGAAGCAGACAUGAAACGUUCAAAGCCUCAGAAGAAAUCCCGUAAAAACACCUGGGAUGAAAGAGACACAGGUAUGUCUUCCGCUGAAGUUCUUGGCCUAAGCAAAAGAAUCUCUGAAAUGGAUGAUGACUCAUACAAUGCCAGUGAAGAAAAUUCUCAUCUCACGGAAGAUUCAGAAGGAGAAUGUUUACAAGGUGUUGCAUUACCUGAGAAAGAAGCCACUAAAACCACCUGGAAUGAAAGAGACACAGGUAUGUCUUCAAUCAAAGUCCCAGACCAAAGACAAGAAAGCUUUGGAAUGGAAAAUGGCUUGUACAAUACAAGUGACAAAAGUUCCCUUCUCAGGGGCGGGUCAGAGCGUGAGUGGCACAGUGUGGGAUCAGCUUCAAAUGGGACCCCUAACAAUAUUAGUCAAUCUUCUGAAAUGAAUACAGCAUCCUAUAAUCCAGGGAUAUUAAACUCUGUCUUUUGUGAUGGAAAUGAGGCUGCAGUUACUUCAUUUAAUGAAAACACAUUGUCCAGAGAUACAGUCACAUCUGUUGCAACUGAUGUGAAUAAUGGAAAGCAUAAAGGAAUGAAUGAUGUUAUGGAAGUAUUCAAAGACCCAACAGAGAGGGAUUCUUUGGCCAUACCAAUUCUUUGCAACUACUCACUGACUCCAGAUAGUAAAUCAAUCUACGCGGAGAGUUUUUCUCAUAGCAAUAUCAGAUCUCCUGAUAUUGUGACAUCCACUCCUUGUCCAUUUACUGAAAACAAAAUUUUUAGAGAUGAUUUAGCCCAAACCAGUAUCUAUAUUGGGAACAUGGAAGGAAUCGAGGGCAUUUUUACAAAUUCGGAAGAUACAAAAGGAUGCUUAUUACCCGUGCUAUGUGAUUAUUCACUAACUCAUGGUUCCAAAUCAAUUAAAGUGGAAUGUUUUUCCACAAGUAAUAUAGAAUCUCUCCAUGUUCCACAAGGAAUUGAACCUGCAGUCUCGCCACGUGCUGAAAACAGAGCAGUCAUAAAAAACAAAACCCAAUUAAGUUAGAGAUCAGGGGUGCUAGAAAAAGCUCUUCCUAUCUUACAUUCACUGAAAGAUGGACUAAUGAUUUUCCUUUAUACAGAUGCUUCAUGAAAGAGUCUGCAGCCACUGCUAACCCAUGCAUCGAUGACACAAGCAGGUCUGCUACCCCUGAAACUUCACUCAUAGGUGUUAAUAAUAGCCUUGAAGAUACAAGCCACUCAUGUGACACCAGAAACCACUUGAGGCAUAAUUUAGUAACAUCUCUGACAAUGGAAUCACCUGUAGGGAUUGUAAAAGCAGAGGAAGAUGAAGGCUGGGAUCCAGUUCAGCUUCCCUCCAAUGGAGCUAUCAUGAAAAGACCCGAAGAGAUACCUGAGGACAGUUGCUUGGAGGCAACUUCCAAUCAUUUGCAGGCAAAAGAAAUUGGACAGGACUUAAAGGAUAAGAGUUCAUACAUCAAUUAGGAAUCUGACAACAGAAGUGUUGGAAUAAGCCCUACUCUGAAGAUAUUAAUGAAGCUCUUGUCAGGCAAGUGAAAGAAUUGAAACAGAAAGGAAAGCUGUAAGUCCAUCACACUUUUAUACAGCCCCUAGAAGGACCUCCGCGUGACAAUACAAUGUAGCUUCUAUGUCAAAUGGGUGGAGGGGGACAUUUAUAAUACACUAAACUGUUCACUAGUUUUACAACAAUUUGACAGGAUCCAUUAAAACCGUAACGAUUCUCAAAGUUCUUUAGGUAAAAUUGUUUAGCACCAUUGUUUCAGAAAAUAAUAAAUUUACCAAAUCAGAAAUAUACUACAACCCUGCCAUUUUAUUUUGGAUCUUAUGAGAAGUUUUUUUUUUUUUCUCACUUGUUUUAGAUUUUGUAAUUGGUGUUUUUUUUUUUCUUCCAGUAAGAAAGCUUUGAGAAUCUCUACCUAAUUUAUUUUUAAAUAUAGUAAAUAUCAAAUUUGUAAUGGUGACAGUUUUUGGGGGGCAGGGGAGGGUUAAGAUAUUUU